CUUUAUCUUUUUCAGUUUUAGCACAGAGAGGGUUCUUUAAGCAGGAAGAAUUCAUCAACUAUCUGAAAUACUUACAGUAUUGGAAAGAGCCAAAAUAUGCAAAAUUCCUAAAGUAUCCCCAGUGCCUGCACUUCCUUGAGCUGCUGCAGUAUGAAUAUUUCAGGAAGGAGCUAGUUAACUCUCAGUGUGCUAAGUUUAUUGACGACCAGCAGUUGCUGCACUGGCAGCACUACCAGAGGAAGCGUAUGAGUCUGCUACAGGCGGAGUUGGAACAGCAGCAGGCAACACAACAGGCGGCACAGACGACACCCACCACAACACAACACAAGGACAAGUCAAGCUAGUGUUUUACAACUUGACCAAAUGUGUUUUACUGUAUCUUGUUCAGGACUAUUCAAGUAAAAUAUCUUCUCAACGAGAGAACUCAAGGUUUCUUAACAAGAACCAUCAACAGAAGUUAUUUUAACCAAACAAUGCCAUAUGAUGAAUUCUUUCUCCAGUACCCAACGUGUAUUGAACUUUCUUACUUCUGUAGUGCUCUUGUCAUUAAUUUAACAUUUUAUACAUUAAUUUAACAUUUUAUACAUUUAUGAGGUUUCUCUUUAAUAUUUGUAGACAGGUUAACACUCAAUGUGGUACAUGGGAAAUACUGAAUGGCCUGAUUGCAAACCUGUUGAAAUUCCAAGUGUAGUACACAUUGAGUAAUGCUGUAGUGUGUAUUUAAGGGCAGUUUGCAAACUUCUUAAAAUUUUGCAAAAAUAAGCUGUAUAAUUAUGUUCAUGAAAAAUGAUGAAAGUGUACCACAAUGUGCUGUUACUUCAAUGUAGUAAAUUUAUGUUGAAAGGGAAUUUAGUAGGCUCUAUACAUUAGUUUCUUAAUGAAUUUAUAGAAUAUUGAUGUUUUCAUACUAAUUGAAAUAGUAUAAACAAAGUUCCUUAUUUAAUAUGAGUAGAUUUUUCAGGAAAGAUUUUGGGAUAUAGAUAAUGUCAGCAUAUUUGAUGUGGGCAAACAAAACAAUAAAUGAAUAUAAAAAAUGAAUGAUUGAAUGAAAGAAUGAAUGAGGGAAAGAAUGAAUGAAUGAAUGAAUAAAUGUAUGUAUGUAUGAUGAAUGAAUGAAUGAAUGGAUGAAUAAUUGUGUAAAGAAUGAAUGUAAUAGAAAGUAUACAUAAAUAUUUGCAAAUAAAAUGUGGUACAAAAGUA